AUGGCAGAAAAGAAAGAUAGUGGAUAUUCAUGGAUGAUUUUGGUCGGAUCGAGUAUUAAUUAUUUCAUAUCAGUAGGAGUAAUGAAGCUGUUCGGAAUGCUUUAUUCAGAGCUACUAGAAACAUAUGACAGCGCAGCAGGAAGUACUGCAUUCAUAAAUAGUCUACAGAUAUUUAUUAUGGCAGCUGUCAGUCCACUGGCCGGACUUAUGAGUACGACGUAUUCAUUCCGUGUUGUCACCUUUACUGGUAGUAUUAUUGUUGGUUUAGGGAUUACCAUCAGUGGUUUGACAACAAAUCCGCAGAUGUUAUACCUCACCUACGGUGUAAUUGCAGGGAUUGGCUUUGGAUUUGUUUACUCGCCAUCAGUGACAAUCGUCAACUAUUAUUUCUACAAAAAGAAAGCUUUGGCCAAUGGUAUAGUUGGAGCUGCAAGUGGCGUGUCUACAAUAGUUCUUCCUGUUUUGUACAGAACUGUAUUUGAUGUAUACGGAUUACAUGGAGGUUUAAUUGUUCUUGGAGGUUUUUGUCUUAAUCUUUGUGUUGGCAGUGUUAUAUUCAAACAGCCUGAAUUAUUUUUAAAAGUAAACAACACAAGUGUGCAUAAUUCUAAAAACUUUACAACGUCAGACGGUAUUUUAAGUAAAACAACGAGUUGUUUCUUUGACUCAAUUAAAAUUUUCAAAUCAAUAUUAAAAAGUCGAACAUUUAUAUUCUAUGCAUUUGCCUUUUCAUUUGCGAUUCUUGGAUAUGUUGGGAAUUUUGUUAUUAUUCCACCACAUUUACGAUCACGAGGUGUUGAAAAUUCAGACAUAGUUAAAAUAUUAACAACUUCCGGUGUUGGUGAGCUGACUGGUAGAAUUCUUGUUGGUUUGAUAAUAGACAAGAAAUACGUCAAGCCGGAAAUUCUGUUCACCGGAAGUAUGAUAGUUAGUGGCAUAUUUUGUAUUGUUUUCCCGUUUUUUGAUGCAGUUUGGAUGAACUAUUUCUAUUGUAUAUAUUUUGGAUUAGUCCCUGGAUCGGUCGUUACGUUGAUGCCAUUAAUGAUUAUAUCAGCAACAAAUUUACAAGUUCUGACACCUGCUUUUGCACUUUCACUUUUAUUAAACGACACAUUUUGCCUACUUGGAUUCCCUUUGUGUGGUUGGUUAGAAGACAUGACAGGAACAUGGGACGCGUCAUUUUAUUUUCUUGGAGGCUCACAAGUGAUGGCUGCUGUGUUUGCUUAUACUGGUUUCUCAUACUACUCAAAACACCAAAAUAAGAAAUCACACAAUCCAGGAGAUUUAAUACUUUCGUCAGAUGACGAAAAAGAGAGCAUUCCCAUGAUAGAAUAA